UGGAAGUUCGUUUUAACUUUGUGUAUUUUGGGUAUUUUCCAUACUGCAGUGUGUGAGAAACAAGAUAUUCCACCACCACUGCAUUCAGUUGAAAUUGACGACGAUGACCUCACAGAGCCUACAAACACUAGAGAGCUGAGGAAGAGUUUCGCGUCCAUAGUGAGAUGUGGCAUGGACCUCUCUGAGCCCAUCAACGUAGACCACAUCAAGUCCAGCCUCAUUGGUUUCAAGUACACCCUCGAUGAUGUGACCUUAAAAAACCUGUCGAAAUGUGCAUUGAAAUCGUCAAGCAUAAAUCUAAAUUCUAAGGAUAUCAACAUGUACCUAGAUUGUCCACUUCUGACUCUGUUCGCUAAGUACAACGUUACCGGAAUACUUAUUGCUCUACCUCUUGAGGGACAGGGUGACGUCAACAUCGUUUUACGUGACUACGGUAUAUCACUAGUCGGUAAACUACAGGAGUUUGUCGGUAAAGAUGGCCAACAACACGUCAAAGUAAACCGACGACUUACUUCGGAGGACCUGUCGUUUAUAGCAUGACAAACUUAUUCUACGGAAACGAAUUUUUGUCAAAGGAAGCCCACAACUACAUCAACUCCAACUGGAAGCUUGUCUCUGAGUUUGUCCAAGGACCAGCCGUCUACGCCAUCAUCAAACAACUCUUCAAAAACAUCAACAAAUGUCUAAAGCCUAUAUC